CCAAACCCGCGUAUAAGGAUGGCCCGUCUGGGACCGUUGGUCCCUUCCCAUUCUCUCUUCUCAUUAUAAAAUCCCAAAAAAAGGACGAAAAAGAAAAGAAAAGAAAAGAAAAAUAGAAAGGCUCAGUUGCAGAGCUCUAAUGGCGGUUUCUGUUAUUUAAAUCUAAAGCCGUUUCAAUCUACCUGGAUCGAAAUAAAAUCGUGAAAUCUUCUAGAGAAGCUGGUGGUCGUCGAAUUUCAAUCUCUUUUUUUUGGUGACGUGGGUCGUUUGCUUUAAUGACAGCGUAGUUGGUUAGCUGGAAAGAGCUGUUUGAGUUGCAGAGGGGAAAAAAAAGCUUCAACGGCUACUUUUCAUGGCGGCAUUUGGUUGGGAUUCUUCUCUGGUUGGUCGAGUUCGCUGAGAGAGGUACCGAUUGCUGAAAAAGAUCUAAUCUUUUUCGUUUUCUUUGACUUGCAUCUUUGUUGGGUUUUCUCAGUUGUUGGGUUUCAGAAAAUAUUCGGCUGUUUCUGUUGUUUUGUAUUGUAUCAGAGGUGAGUGUUGGGAAUUAAUAUGUAAGGUCUGAGUUUUUUAGGAUUUGGGAUUUUGUUUUUGGGGGCUUUCUGGGGGUUCAGAUGUAGGGUUUUGGAAGUUGAGCAUUUGAGGAUUUGGGUCUUGGGAUUUUAUUUUUUCUGUGCGCUGGGGUUUUCAGAUAUUGGGUUCUUGGAGCGGGGCAUUCUGAGGAUUUGGGGUCUUGAGAGUUUGGAUUUUUUAAGUGGAGCAGUUUCGGUUCUGGGCUUUUCAAAAUCAGAGUUUUCUUGUGAUUUGGAUUCUGUAAGCUCGGAUUUGGGUGUUUUUUUUUUUAAAAAAAAAAAAUUAUUAUUUUGGUUAUAGAAAUUGGGCAGAUUAGGAUUUGGGUUUUCGAGACUUUUGGGUUGUUGAGUGGAGAAAGAUGGAGAUGAAGAUGGUGAAUUGGGUUCCUUUGCUUUCUUGUCUGCUUAUCUUUGGUUUCCUGGCUAAUGAUUGUUCCGCUGCAUUUACCCCCAUCGACAAUUACUUGAUUGCCUGUGGAUCUUCUCAAAAUGUCUCUAUUGAAGGUCAGAUUUUCGUUCCUGAUUCACACCAACCUUCUUUUCUGUUAAAAAGCCAGGGAGAUACUGUUGUGGGUGUCUCUAAUUCCUCUGUUGUCUCCCCAAUCUAUCAGUCCUUGCGUGUUUUCACCACACCAUCUUCUUACAGAUUCAAUAUCCGACAAACAGGCCGGCAUUGGGUUCGCCUCUAUUUCCAUCCACUUCCUAAUUCUGUCCAUGACCUCAAUUCCGCUUCGAUCACAGCAAUUACGGAUAAGUUCGUCCUCUUGAGUAACUUCACUUUCAAGAACCAGAAGGAUCCGUAUCUGUUCAAGGAGUAUAUUGUCAACAUGACAUCAGAUACUUUUAUAGUCAAUUUUGUUCCCUCAAACAAUUCGGUCGCCUUUGUGAAUGGGAUCGAAGUUGUUUCGGUCCCAGAUGAUUUGAUUCUCGAUCAGGCAUUGGUCUUGCCGCCUUCUGCUCCUUUCAAUGGCCUCUCCGACUGUGCGCUUGAGACCGUUUAUCGGUUGAAUGUGGGAGGACCUUUGCUCACUCCUAAGAAUGACACGCUUGGGAGAACUUGGAAAAACGACUGGAGCUACCUCCAUGUUAAUGGCUCUGCCGUGAAUGUGUCCGUGAGUCCAGGGACGAUAAAUUAUCAUGUUGGGGUGACCCCCGAAACAGCACCCAAUUUGGUUUACGCGACAGCAGAAGCAAUGGGAAAUGCAAAUGUUCUGAAUUUGAACUUCAACAUCACAUGGGUCUUGCCUGUUGAUCCGAGCUCCAUUUACUUCAUCCGUCUACACUUCUGUGAUAUCAUCAGUAGUGCUAUGAAUGAGCUUGUUUUCAAUGUCUAUAUCAAUUCAAGUAUCGCGAUCGCAAGUCUGGAUCUCUCAACAAAAACUGGUGACGUGAAAGUACCCUACUACAAGGAUUUCAUUUCCAAUUCCUCGUCUGAUUCAGACACAAUUUCCAUUAGUGUGGGCCCAGAUAUGUUGGCUGAGAUUACGAAUGCGAGUUUGAAUGGGUUGGAGAUUAUGAAGAUCAUGUCUUCUGUUGACCAUCUUCUUCCUAGUUUGCAUUCGAAGAAGAGCAAAAUGGUAAUUAUAAUUGGAGCAGCUGUCGGAAGUUUGACAGCCUUUGGAUUGAUAACUUUAUGUUACUGUUGCUUUGUGGCCCGUAGAUCUAAGGCUAGUCACCACGGUCAUCUCUGGUUGCCAUUACCCCUACAUGGAAAUUCCCACACCAUGACCAAAGUUUCCACUGUCUCUCAAAAGAGUGGAACGGCAAGCUGCAUAUCCUUGGCGUCUUCGAGCCACGGACGGGUCUUCACAUUUCAAGAGAUCAUGGAUUCAACAAACAAGUUUGAUGAGAGCUUGCUUCUUGGAGUAGGCGGGUUUGGUAAAGUCUAUAAGGGAACACUAGAAGAUGGUACUGGGGUGGCUGUCAAGAGGGGGAACCCCAGAUCGGAGCAAGGCCUUGCUGAAUUCCACACUGAGAUCGAGAUGCUCUCCAAGCUCCGCCAUCGCCAUCUGGUCUCUUUGAUUGGCUACUGUGAUGAACGGUCUGAGAUGAUUCUGGUUUAUGAGUACAUGGCAAAUGGACCACUGAGAAGCCAUCUUUAUGGGACAGAUCUCCCACCCCUCUCUUGGAAACAAAGGCUUGAGAUUUGCAUUGGAGCUGCAAGGGGGCUGCAUUAUCUUCACACAGGAGCCACCCAGAGUAUAAUCCACCGAGAUGUGAAGACCACCAACAUUCUCUUGGAUGAGAAUUACGUAGCUAAGGUUGCAGAUUUCGGGCUAUCAAAGACAGGGCCGGCUUUGGAUCAAACCCAUGUCAGUACCGCAGUGAAAGGAAGUUUUGGCUACCUCGACCCUGAAUAUUUUCGAAGGCAGCAGCUGACCGAGAAAUCGGAUGUCUACUCAUUUGGGGUGGUUCUAAUGGAAGUCCUGUGCUCAAGGCCAGCUCUCAAUCCCAUCCUCCCAAGGGAGCAAGUCAAUAUAGCAGAAUGGGCAAUGAGCUGGCAGAAGAAGGGUAUGUUGGAUCACAUCAUGGAUCAGUAUUUGGUGGGGAAAGUGAUUCCAGCAUCCCUAAGGAAGUUUGGAGAAACUGCUGAGAAAUGCUUGGCAGAGCAAGGCGUCGACAGGCCGACUAUGGGUGAUGUCUUGUGGAAUCUUGAAUACGCUCUGCAGCUUGAGGAGACGUCCGCACUCACCGACGUGGAUGAGAACAGCACAAAUCACAUUGCUGAUAUCCCAUUAACACCACUCGAACCUUUCAAUAAUAGCAUGAGCAUGAUUGGUGGGGUGAACUCUAGUACCGAUGAUGAUGCUGAGGAUGCCGCCACGAGUGCAGUCUUCUCUCAGCUGGUAAAUCCUCGAGGAAGGUGAAAGGAAUGGAUUGUUCUGGACUGAAAGACGUUGAUGGGCCCGCACGAGACUGCGUUCACAUCAAAAAUUUGGCAUCCUGGAUCGACCAGGUCUUUUCUCUUUAUAUUUCAUAUUGCAUCCUGAUUUCUUGACAUAUAUGUUGAGGCCGUAUGUUUUGGUUUUGUAAUAUAAUCAGUUGUGGAGAAUCCAUCAAAAAUAUUGCGUCCAAGUUACGCCCAGAUGGGUUUUUACCUGCUCUAUUAUUGCAUACUAGAUAUGAAUUGUAUUAGAUAUGAAAUUCAUAGAUUCCUCUACUUAUAAGUUGAUAAGGAAAUCAAGAACUGCAUAUGAUCUUUUGUUGUUACGGUA